AUGGCAAAAAGGAUGGAAAAAGUGAGCAAGCAUAUAUUGAUGAAAUCAAUGCAAUUAAAGAUGCUGAGGCCGAUGUUAUGGCCGAAUUCUUCGCGCUGAAAAAUGAUGAGCAAAUAAUACAAAGUGAUAAAGACUAUUCUAUAAAUACUUCUGCAGUAACAUCUGAUAAUCUUACUG